CACACAUCACAUCAGGCGAACACCUUCACGACAGAGGCAAUCGGGGCGCGGCAAAUGGGACACCGCUCGCCCCUCCUUUCUAAUCUAGAAGCACAUCGGUAGCAGGCGCACAUGUGCCCGCACGGCGCCAGCACGGCGUCGCGCCUCCUUACUAAGCAGACGGCGCAGUCCGUCGUAGAACCCUCAUUGUUUUCAAUGUCUGGCGGCCCGCACUUGAGUAAGGCCGCAUUCGCCUCUUCCACGGCCUUCUUCAGAGCGGCAGAAUCCCCAAACUUGCAGCCAAACGCCAGAUCCACGUCGACGCAGCGCCGCACGAACCUCCGAUUGUCCUCUGGGGGCGCGUGCAAUGCCAACCGUAGCCCGUAUUCGGUGGUUGAGGGUGUGAGUCGAGCUAGUCGUCGUAAAGCGGCAUCCGCGGCUAGCCGAGAAGCCGGCUGCGGCUCGACACGCGUUAGUAGUUCUGUGCGGUUUUCAUAGGUGAGCAAAUCGUGAACCAAGGCGUGUUCGGUUACUGUGAGUUGAUCCACAUUCUCGACGGCGACGGCCAGAUCCAAACACGCGUAGCCUAGCAAAUUCCUUCGUCUCACUCUGACAACUUCCGCGUGCGCGUCGAUGGUCACCACUUCAUAAGCUGGCUGGCACAUAGCGUAGACGAGGAUGAUCAGGCAGACUAGUACAAGUAAUUCAUCCGUGCCCGAGUCGUCGUACUUGAGCGAUAACGCUGCGGGUCCUAUCGACGCCUCAUCGAGGUAAGUUUGGAUCUGGCGGAGCGCGUGGGACGCGCGCUCGAUGUCGUCAAACACGUGUACUUUACGUCUCAUGCCGGCCUCGUCCGUGACCACCAAGGUAGAUGAUACAUGCCCCGGCCGCUUCUUGAGGGCCUGUCGUCUUGGAGGGUGGUCCGCGUCCAGGUCCGCGUGGAGCGCCUCCGCGAGGAGUCGUAACCGCGUCGCGUUCGCCGUGGUGCCGCUCUUCUGGCGCGUCCUUAACGCGUUCGAGACCUCGAGAACGAUAUCUGCCGACGCCACCUCAAACGUGCUCCGCAGCCGCUUCUCCCAGAGGCGGUCGACGCCGCGCGGGCUGCUCGUGACGACGCAGUCGUUGUCCUCUCGUUUGUUGUGUCGCUCGUGCGUCGCGCAGCGCAGCACAUCUCUAUGAUGCUUCGAGUCGGCGGUGAGAGCCGCGAUGAGUGCGAUGAAUGCGCAUAUUACUGUGGGGCGCACUUUGACGUGCCGCAGCUCUAAUCUGCCUCCACCUUUGUGUUCUAGUCUUGGGCCGACGAGCAUCUUUGCCCUGUCUGCUCUGCCUCCUAGUUUAUCUGUUUGCUGUUGAUCGGCGUCGCCAGGCGUCGCCAGGCUUUGCGCGCAGCGAGUUUGCUGAACAGGGAGCACACUGCGUUAGCGCCAGGCCUUGGAAGCCAGCUCUAAACAGCCUUUACUGCCGCAAAACAGCUCUUGC